AUGCACGAAUCCAAGGAGCCGAGGCUCAGCCCGCGCGUCUGCAGCAGCCGCACCUGCCUUUGCGCACCCAGCCUGCUGUGGGCUUAGUUGCAUCCCGGAGCGACGGUCCAGAGACGUGGCUGUGACCGGAGUUGCGCCGCGGGCUGAAGGGCUCCAAUUCCGCCCCCUUCCCCUCCCCCGGGUCCUGCUGGGAGGCGGGUUUAAGGGGCGUCGCGUGGCCGCUGCAACUUUCCCAACAGAGCCAAAGGGGCGCCCGGAGCCCCCAGUAGCAGCAGCAUCCGCUGGAGCGGAUCCGAGCGAGCGGCCCCGGCUCCCCUGACUGCAGCCCGGGCUGCCGCUUUGCCUAGUGCACCGAGCCCCGCCGCCGCGGGAGGGAAGGCUCCGAGUGCCCAGUGAACUUUUGAAGAGCCCGGCUGUGCCUAUGCAGUGUGCGUUCCUUAAAGCCCUGAUAGUCUGUAGACACAGGAUCCAGGAGGAAUUUUCAACACACUGAGAAACAAGGAUGGUGGUCUGCAUACUGUUGUGGUGGAUUUUAAAAGUGCUUACUCUGUCUUUCUUGCUGAAAACGACUCUGUCCUUAAAUCCAGAUGAUCCCAAUGUUUGUAGUCACUGGGAAAGCUAUGCUGUGACAGUGCAGGAAUCUUAUGCUCACCCUUUCGAUCAGAUCUAUUACACGAGAUGUACUGAUAUACUGAACUGGUUCAAAUGCACUAGACAUCGAAUAAGUUACAAAACAGCAUAUCGAAGAGGAAUAAGAACAAUGUAUCGGCGAAGAUCUCAAUGCUGCCCUGGAUAUUAUGAAAGUGGAGACUUCUGCAUACCUCUCUGCACAGAAGUAUGUGUGCAUGGAAGAUGUGUAUCUCCAGAUACCUGUCAUUGUGAACCAGGCUGGGGAGGCAUUGACUGCUCCAGUGGAAUGGCCACCUCUGGAGGUCUGGUUGAGCACAGCAUCACACUGGCAGAGCCUAGCGGAAACCGCAGCUACAACAGUUGUGAUAGCGAUCACUGGGGACCACAUUGUAGCAACCGCUGCCAAUGCCAGAAUGAGGCUCUCUGCAACCCUAUCACUGGCGCCUGUGUCUGUGCAGAUGGCUACAAAGGAUGGCGCUGUGAAGAGCUCUGUGACCCUGGGACUUACGGGAAGGGCUGCCAGUUUAAAUGCCAGUGCCACAAUGGAGCAACCUGUGACCAUAAAACAGGAGAGUGUCAUUGUGCUCCCGGAUACACAGGGGUAUUCUGUGAAGAGCACUGCCCUCCAGGCAGUCAUGGAGCUCAGUGUGAAUUGCGCUGCCCGUGCCAGAAUGGGGGAGUCUGUCACCAUAUCACCGGCGAGUGCUCCUGUCCUCCUGGAUGGAUGGGUUUUGUAUGUGCACAGCCAUGCCCUUCCGGAACCUUUGGAAUUAACUGCAGCCAGGAUUGUCCAUGCCAUAAUGGAGGACAGUGUGAUCAUGUGACUGGAAAAUGCCUGUGUACAGCUGGAUAUAUGGGAGACAGGUGUCAAGAGGAGUGUCCUGUUGGGACAUAUGGCUUUCAGUGCACUCGAAAAUGUGACUGUCAAAAUGGUGCAAAGUGUUACCACGUAAAUGGAGCAUGUAUGUGCGACCCUGGGUUUAAAGGGUUUCGUUGCCAAGAAAGAAUGUGUCCAGAAGGGCUUUAUGGCCUAAAAUGCCAGAAGAAAUGUCCUUGUAAUAUUAACAACACUCUCAGCUGCCAUCCGCUCUCUGGAGAAUGUACCUGUAAAGCUGGCUCGGCUGGACUUUAUUGCAACGACACCUGUCCUCUUGGAUACUAUGGUGAAGGCUGCCAGCUGAUCUGCCUUUGCCAGAACGGUGCAGAUUGUGGUAGUGUGACAGGAAAAUGCACCUGUGCUCCAGGAUAUAUGGGAGAUGAUUGCUCCACUGCUUGUGGGGCCGGAACCUACGGAGCCAACUGCUCGUCAGUGUGUAACUGCAAAAAUGGUGGUGCAUGUUCCCCCGUGGAUGGCUUGUGUCUUUGCAAAGAAGGAUGGCAAGGGGUUGACUGCUCCAUUCCAUGUCCAAGUGGAACUUGGGGUCUUAACUGUAACCAAACAUGUUACUGUGCCAAUGGAGCAGCCUGCAAUCCAGUGGAUGGGUUUUGUCUUUGUUCGCCUGGGUGGCAAGGAGAGUACUGUGAUCAGGCAUGCCCUGAUGGAACAUAUGGUCUUAAUUGCAGUGAACGCUGUGACUGUAGCCAUGCAGACGGGUGCGAUGCUGUCACUGGUUAUUGCUGCUGUCUUGCCGGGUGGACAGGCGUCCAUUGUGAUAAUGUAUGCGCACAGGGCCGCUGGGGACCAAACUGCUCCAUCUCUUGUAACUGUGAGAACGGGGGAUCCUGCUCACCGGAGGAUGGGACUUGCGAGUGUGCGCCAGGAUAUAGAGGACCCAUGUGCCAGAGAAUUUGUUCACCUGGCUUUUAUGGGCAUCAUUGCAGUCAAGCAUGUCCCCCGUGUGUGCACAACAGCGGGCCUUGUCACCAUGUUACUGGACGUUGUGAUUGUUUGCCUGGAUUCUUUGGCUCACUCUGCAACCAAGUGUGUGCCAGUGGACAGUAUGGGAAGAACUGUGCUGAGAUCUGUCAAUGUACCAACAACGGCACAUGCAAUCCUAUUGAUGGAACUUGUCAAUGUUUUCCGGGAUGGAUAGGGAAAGACUGCUCUCAGACUUGUCCAGCUGGUUUUUGGGGACCAGAUUGCUUUCACACGUGCAACUGCCACAAUGGAGCAAUGUGCAAUCCUUACGAUGGAGAAUGUAGAUGUACUGCUGGUUGGACGGGGCUCUACUGUACUCAACGUUGCCCAGCUGCCUUUUAUGGAAGAAAUUGCGCCAAUGUUUGUCAGUGUCAGAACGGAGCAGAUUGUGACCACAUCACUGGGCAAUGCACAUGCAGAACGGGAUUUACGGGCAAACAGUGUGAGCAAAAGUGCCCACCUGGAUCAUUUGGUUAUGGUUGCAAACAGCUAUGCGAAUGCAUGAAUAAUGCUACAUGUGAUCAUGUCACUGGUACAUGCUACUGUAGUCCAGGCUUCAAAGGAAUCAGGUGCGAUCAAGCGGCUCUUAUGAUGGAAGAAUUAAAUCCCUAUACUAAAAUUAGCCCCGCUCUCGGAUCAGAGAGGCACUCAGUGGGAGCAAUCAUUGGAAUUAUUAUUCUCCUUCUAAUUAUUAUGGUUUUGCUGGCACUGUUUGUGUGGUAUCGACGGAAACAGAAGGAGAAGGGGCAUGACAUGCCAAGUGUAUCUUACACUCCAGCCAUGAGGAUGACUAAUACAGAUUACUCACUUUCUGAUGUAUCUCAAGGUAGCGGGAGUAUACACUGUUUUUCCAAUCCAAGCUACCACACUCUGUCAUGUGGUGUGACUUCACGCUUCUUUACCAAUAAUCUGGAUGGAAACAGCUCCAGUAAGCUCAGUAACAAAGUCCUUGACAGAGAAACUGCAGACCGGAGGCCGUACAGCUAUCUGAAUGAUCUAGGUGCUUGUGGGAUGGAUAGACGUCAGAACACAUACAUAAUGGAAAAAAGCUUCAAAGAGUAUAUGAAAGAAUCUGUGUGUAGUUCAAGCACCUGCUCUCUGAACAGCAGCGAAAACCCAUACGCCACCAUUAAGGAUCCACCCAUCUUGACAUGUAAACACUCGGAGAGCAGUUAUGUGGAAAUGAAAUCGCCCAUUCACAGGGAUUCGCCCUAUUCAGAAAUGCCAACCUCAUCAACCACUAAUAAAAAUAUAUAUGAAGUUGAGCCCACUGUCAGUGUGGUCCAAGAAGCCCGUGGUCGUAGUGCUAAUUACAGCCAGAAUCCAUAUGACCUGCCUAAGAACAGCCACAUUCCUAGUCAUUAUGACCUUCUCCCUGUAAGACACAGCCCUACCCAUGGGCCAUCUUGGGACAAGCAGUCUUAAAGGGAUACGCUUCGCUGUUGCAAUGCUGUGAACAUUCAUUCUCUCUGACUCGAUGAAAGAAACGAAGACAAUCCUUUUUGGUUUUGCAAUACACUGACAUGACUUGAAAUAGUAUUACACAAGGAACCUAACCUAACAGAACAUUUGUUUGGGCCAACUUGCUGCAGCAUGAUAUGGAAAAAGAUGUUUUUAUACAGAUCACAGAAAAAUAAAGAACCAUCAUCUCCAUCUGACUGGAAUAAUUACUCAAGGAAGCUGUUUGCAUAGUCCAGUCAAAGACUCUACAGACUGUGUUCUCCUAACUGUAAACUAAAACAACCCACCCACCCCCACCUGUAAGUACUUACAACUGCAGAUGUACAUUUCUACCACCCACGUAAAGAGACCUUUACUGUUAGAAACAAGACGUCUAAAAAGACGCUGGAAUGUAUUUUACAUACACAUCGUGGAAAAGGAUACACUCAAAAAAAAAAAAAAAAAAAAAAAAAACAACCAGGAAAGACUGCUGUUUAAUUCAGCUGAUAUAAUUUGUAAACCUUGGUUCAUGCUGUUGUCAUAUCCAUUCUGCGUACAUGUCAAUUUUAUUCUUGGUAAAUUAGUUUGUAAUCAGUUCCUGUUUCUACUGGCUGCCAGGAUAUUUUAGAAGAGGACUCUUACAUAUACACCAUCUGUGGUUAUUCUCAAUGCCUCCUGCUCAUUUUAAGCGAUGUAAAUCUUCACAAGUCUCCAGUGAUCUUUUACCAUAGAGCUCAUCUAAACAGUGUGUGUCAUGCCCAACAUAUAUAAUAACAGCCAUACUGGGCCAGACCAAUGGUCCAUCUAGCCCCGUAUCCUGCCAGAGGCAUCAGACGGAAGUCAGUCAUUGAGCGAUCCAUCCCCUGUUGUCCAGGCCCAGCAUCUGGCAGUCAGAUGCUUAGGGAUACAUUUUUAACAAACUAUGGAAACCUUUGACUGUUGGUGGUGUUAUAUUUGUCUUAUACAACUGCUACUUUAUUCGAUACAGUGGCCCAGACUGUCGUCUGCUUAAAUUGGCAUAUAGCUUCAGUGACUUCAAUGGAGCUAUGCAGAUUCACAGCGGCUGAGAAGCUGUUCCACUUCAGUGUGUCAAAAAUAGAACCCUGUUUCUGUUCUGCAUCCAAACCAGUGCUUUCUAGACCAUCUUUCCAAGCCAUUCCCUCAUAGCCAGAUUAAUUGCAUACCAUUUAUAAUAAAUCCUUUAAUUUCACCUGCAUUACCAUGUAGUGCAACUUUAUCCACCUCUGAGUCUACCUGAAAUGUGCCAAGUAUCAGAGGGGGAGCUGUGUUAGUCUGGAUCUGUAAAAGCAGCAAAGAUGCAUCUGACGAAGUGGGUAUUCACCCACGAAAGCUCAUGCUCCAAAACGUCUGUUAGUCUAUAAGGUGCCACAGGAUUCUUUGCUGCUUCUACCUGAAAUGUCAUUAAACUGAGCUGUGACUGGAUUUCCUUUUUAAACAGCUGUUCGUGGAAUAAUGACCAUGAGGUUUGCCUGUGGUAUGGCUUUGGAAUAAGACUCCCAGAUUAUUUUUUGUAGUCCUUGACAUAGAAAAUAGAAUACUUGCUAUUAAGCAGUUUCUUGCAGAUCUUGAGCAUGAAGUAGUGUUGAUGCUAAGUAUGUAAUUUUAUUAGGCAAAUGUGGGAGUAGCAAAUUGAUUGCAUCUUACAGAUGAAAGUCUGUUGCACUUUUGCUGUUCUGAUGGAACUGUAAGAGCAAGAAAAGCAACUGUGAUCAGUUAAAGCAUGAAGUGGUAAGUUAAAAAUACUAAUACAGGAAAUAGUGGCCUAAGGGCCUGGUAGUAAGAUUCAGAGCCUUUCACCUCUAGGUCACUGGUCUGAAUCUGGCUCUAGCUGGGAGUCAUUGUUAGUGGAUGACAGGCCUGCAGGAAAUGAACUGGUGUGGGGGCCAGUCUAGUUCCUAGUAGACAGGAGUUUAAUGGCAUAUGGAAAACCCCAUUGCAGUUUGAACCGUUAAUGGAAACGCCCAGAGGCCAGGAGCUGAAUGUGCUGUGGAGACUGAACUACCUGCUCAGUGCUGGGCUUAAGGCCUUGUGCCAGGGCAGUGCAAAGAAGCGUGCAUUAAUGUCGGCCGAGUCAGUGCUACACUUCUUUGUGCUUCACUACCGUCAAUCCGGUAACGUACUAAAUUCUCUUGGCAAGGGGUGGGGAGAAGUGCUGGCAAUACAGCAUUUUAAAAAAAGCUGGAAUCUUUCAUGGGCAGAGGUGGACACAAGUUCAGAAACCCUUUAUGCAACUGGCAACUUCUGCAGUUCAGACAGCUGAACUAACUCCAGAGAGCUCUUUCCCCAUAGGGUUAAAAGAAGCUGCUGUUCACGUUGCAAGAAAUACAUAAAUAUUUACAUGAAUGCUGCAUGUGUGCAUGGGGGCAAAUGAUUGAUCAGCAAUAGGAAUUUUGCUUUCCAGAAAAGCCUUAUUCAAGACGUAACUAGACUAUUAUUUUGUAGGGCCAGGUAGGGAUAUAUUUUAUUUAGCAUAUAGGAAGACUUACCUCAGAACUAUCAAUAAAAAGGCAGUUAAUCACAUAAGGCUAUUGUUAGAGACGUGCCAUACGUCUAGCACUAGCACAAAGCCGUGUAAGCUGCAAGUCUAAACAAUGUAUAUGUUGUGUUUCUGUCCAGUAUGGACUUUGGAGAGCAGCGAUAUGCUGGGCUUUUUCAAAGCUGGAUUGCCAGACCAAAUGAAAUGAUGUGCAUAGAGGUUAACAGGAGGCAGGAGGGGGAAAUACAUUCUUGUACAUUAGCAUUAGUUUAGAAAAUAGACACUGAAAUGGCAAUACUUUUUUAAA